UCCCAGGUCACCGGCAGCAGUUUGAACACCCAGACCCUGUGUGUCAGUGACGUUGCCUUCUUUGACAGAGUUCUGAAGUGCCGGUCGGUGAAGUGGCCCCGGCACUCAUGUCUUGGUCUGUUGCUGUGCGAUUGUGGGUUUGGAGUGUGACAGACUACAGUGGGCUGAACUGCAGACAGGCUGAGUGAUUCCACUCUCCGUCAAGUCGUCCUCCUCCAGUCUGCUGGUCUGCUGUUCGUCUGGACGCUGCAGUGUUGGACUACAAGGUUGAGCACACAUGGCGGAAUAAGAGCGGACUGAGUAGGUCUUUCGUGAAGUCUGGCUGUCCAUGUGUGUGACGCCGGAGUUGCAGAAAAAGUCAGGGACCAUGGGCAUGAAGGUGUGUGGUAUGGGCCCCAUGACUAGGCCACUGGAGUGACCCCAUCCAAUAGCUGUUAAGAUAUUUCAGUCUGAAACAGAGCAGUGGACCAAUCGACUGUCACACCGACAUUGCCAUCCAGAGUCAUGAGUCUAGCGUGGCUGAUAAAAAAACAUCUCAUGUACCAUCUCAUCCAUUACUGAAAGGCCGGUCAUGUCAUCUGAGUCCUGGGCGGGGUCCCGCAGCGAAGGCCAGGGAGAGGACCCGCAACCGGAGGAGAAACAAGAUGAAGAAGCGGAAAAAGAGGAAGCGGGGGCUCCCAGCCAGGACAAGCGGCGCACAGAAUGUCCGAGGCGAGAGGCGGCUUUGUCACUUGACCAUCGUGGCAUGCAGGAAGUGACAUCACAAGGUGGAGUGGAAAAGGUCCAGAGGGCGGAGACGCCGACUCUGACAGCGAGAGUUAGGUUUUCCAACACGACUGUCAACCAGGAGAGCCCAGCACGACAGUCAGACAAGUACAGUGUGCAGCAUCCGGACGAUCCUCGGGGGCCCGGUCCGUUCUACUUCUUCAGGGGAUCCAACGGGGCUGAAAUAGUGAGCAGUUACUGUGAGAGCAGAGGGUGGAAGAGGAUUUACAACAAGAACAGGGAGGAUUUCAAACUCAAGUGGUGUGAAACCAAAUCAUCAGUCAACUACUGCAACUUCAGAGAAGGUGAACAGCUGUUGUACCAGAUUCCCAACAACAAGGUGCUCACCACUAAGAUCGGCCUCCUCAGCAGUCUGCGGGAGUACGAGCGAGUCUGCAGCAAAGUCAACCACGGUCGAGGCCUGAGGAGGCUGAAAAUGGAAGAGUUCAUUCCCACCACCUUCCGCAUGGACGUGAGGGAAGAGAGGGAGGCUUUCUUCGGCCAGCAGGAGGGUGUGAGGAGCAAUAGCGAGAGUUGCAUGUGGAUCUGUAAACCCACCGGCCUGAACCAGGGCAGAGGGAUCUUUCUGCUGAAGAGCCAGGACGACAUAGACGCCUUCAGGCUGAAGCUGCAGCACAUGGAGGAGAGCCAGGCCAACAAGAUGCAUCACUGCCAGCCUCAGGCCCGCAUUGUCCAACAUUACAUUCAGAACCCGCUUCUCCUGAAAGGGAAAAAGUUUGACGUGCGCUCCUACCUCCUGAUCGCCUGCACGGCACCUUACAUGGUCUUCUUUCGCCACGGGUAUGUGCGACUGACCUGCGACCUCUACGACCCCAGCUCCAGCAAACUCUCCGACCACCUCACCAAUCAGCACAUGCAGAAGAAGAACCCCCUGUACAGCCAGCUGAAGGAGGACACUGUGUGGUCCAUGGAGAGCUUCAACGCCUACGUCAACCACCGGUUCCAGGUUGCCAAGGGUCUGCCCAGGGACUGGGUGCUGGGCGCCUUUGCAAAGCACAUGCAGCGGAUCAUGACGCAGUGUUUCUUCGCGGUCAAAUCCAAGCUGGACCGCCGACUGGGCCUCUUCGACUUGAUUGGCUGCGACUUCAUGGUGGACGAGGACUUCAAGGUGUGGCUGUUGGAAAUGAACUGUAACCCAGCACUGCAUACGAACUGCGAGGUGCUGAAGGAGGUGAUACCCAGCACCGUUGCGGAGACACUGGACGUAACUCUGGAGAUCUUCAACAAGUGUCGUCUCAGGCAGGGGCUCCUUCCUUUGACCAGUCAGGGAGAGUUUGUGCUGCUCUACAGUGGAGCUGAUUCAGCGCCGGCCUGCAACAGGAGUGACACAAACACUGAAUUCCCCCACAAAACCACCAAAAAGACUCAGAAGACUGAAGGCAGGAGGUGUAAGUCAGGCAUGGAGGGCAACAACGUGUCCGCGGCGUCCCCUGAUAAUUGUGCGACCGUCUCAGAGAGCGGCGAAGGACGGGGUCGCUCCAAGUCCGGUCGCCGCCCGGCCUCCGCGGCCGACGCCUCGCCUCUCUUUCAGAGCUCGUCAUCAGUGCAGCGAUCUUCAAAUCCACACAGCAGCAGCACACAGGCGGCCAGGGGCAAGAAGCUCCAGCCCCGCGUCCAGUUCAAGCUGAGCAAAUGUACUGUGCACGCAGGCGCAAAGACUCACUCCGAGACGCGGCAGAAGACGCAGGCCGUCACGCUGCUGCCACCGGCAUCCGAGUCGAGCGAGGGCCUCUCCGUCCGUGGCUCUCCGGAGACGGCGGCACUGUUCCCUCCGCAGGCCCGACAUCCUGCGAGUGUGGACCAGUGUGAAAGAGGAGAGGAACCCGCUGAAAAGCAGCUCAGAGAGGACACGAAGAGUUUAGUGUGUGAAAGAAAAGAGGAACUAUGAAGCACAGUAUGCAAACAGCAGUUAUCUCAACAGCUUUUCCAAAAAAAAAAUCUACUCAAUGUACUGGUGCUGUUUUAUUUUCAGAGAAAUGCCAAGAGAUAUUGAAUGUGACAAUAAAGACUAUUUAUUUCUUCA